ACCUUCUAACAUCCAACAUGAAUUCCAUGACAAAAAUCAGCAUACUGCUCAUCGUGGCUUUAUCUUUUCUCUGCUUCACAGAGGCAAAUACAAAUCUCAUCUGUAAUACCUGUAAUCGCUCAGAAAAUUCAGAAUGUAAAUACGGAACUGGCCAAUGCACUGCACCGGAAGGUGGAUCAUGUUCAACCAUAUCAGUCUAUCACGGACAACGGCAUGUACUCUCAAAGCAAAUGUGCUUGGGUCAUUGCGAGGAAAAACCGCAUUACGAUGGAGACUACAUGAUUUACGUAAUGUGCUGUUCCAAAAACUUGUGUAAUAGUUUCUAG